AACUACAUAUAUAAUAUUCAAAAUAAAAAAUAAAUGUCAAUAAAGAUAAACAAAGACUAGUCCCAAAGACUUUUAUAGCACUUCAGAAAGCUAUUAUUAGGAGCAAGUCACUUCCUUGUGAGAGUACACAAACACAAAUACUUCAUAUAAUCUCCCAAAAGACAAAAAAAAAAAAAAAAAAGAAUUUAAAAUAUUUUUAUUGAAAAAUGUGGGAAAUAAAAGUAGGAUUAUUGCUGUUAGCAAUGGAGAUAAUGAAUGUAAGUUCCAAUACAUUGGGCAAAGCAGCCAUGGCGAAGGGAUUAAGCAACUAUAUCUUCACUACUUACACUCAUGGCGUUGCUUUUUUAUUCCUUAUUCCCAUUGCUUUUCUUUUCCACAGGAAAAACCCAGCUCCACCCAUAAGUAUUGGUAUUAUACUAAGGCUUUGUCUGCUUGGAGUUCUCUGCGGAGGUUGCUCCAUCUUCUUGUACAUCGGAAUACGUUAUAGUUCACCGACCCUUGCUUCAGCAACAAACAAUCUUUCCCCUGCCUUUACUUUCAUAAUGGGCAUCAUUUUCAGGAUGGAGGUUUUGAACCUAAGAAAUGAGAGUAGCAUACUGAAAUCAGUUGGAACUAUAAUUUCAAUAGGGGGAGCUUUUAUAGUGACAUUGUAUCAAGGAAUGGCCAUUACUAUCUUCCCUGCUUCACCUACCGAAUCCUCUCUAUCUUCUCUUCUUAUUAUUGAAAGUGAUAUUCAACCAAAUUGGACAUUUGGAGGCUUAUUCCUCGUUUUUAGUUGCAUAUUUCUGUCACUUUCAUACGUUGCCAAGACAUGGAUAGCAAGGGACUUUAAUUCAGAGAUAUUAAUCACACUCAUAAGUUUCUUCUUCGAAACGAUAUUCGCAGCAUCAGUUACCCUUUUGGCAGAAACAGAUACAAGCGUUUGGACACCUACUCUUGGCAUUGAGAUUAUUGCUCUUCUCUUUGGGGCUUUGGAAGUUGGUGUGGUAAAUACAGUCCAAACAUGGGCUUGUGGAAAGAAGGGACCAUUGUUUGUAGCAAUGUUUAAACCUCUUCAAAUGAUAAUUGCUGUGAUUCUGGGAGUGUCUUUCCUUGGAGAUGUUCUCCAUCUUGGAAGUUUGAUUGGAGGAACAAUCAUAGCAAUUGGGUUUUACACGGUGAUGAAAGGAAAAUCAGAAGAAGAAUCGAAGAAAGAAGUUGAUGAAAGUAGAUUCAUAUAUUCUUCCGAUGAUGAUUCAUCUCCUCAUAAACUCCCUCUUUUACCAAACCAAAUCCAAAGUGUAUAAAAUUAUUUGGUAUAAGUUUUUACCUAUCUCAAGAUUUAUCAUACAUCAGGACCCUGUAUGCAUAUUCAACAUGUUCGAGCGGGUCUACAAAUUAAAGGUCUUAAUAUUAAAUUAUAUAGUAUAUGUUAAUUAUUUAAAGAUACAAAGUUAUAAGAAAAAUAUCACAAUUUUUUAAAUCAAA